AGUAUAAUCGUUUUGUAUAAAUUGUUUGUAUAUGAAUAUAGAAUCAAUGUGAUCAUGAUAUCAGAGAAGUUUGAAAAUUCAAAGAUAUGCUAAACUUGCUGGAGCAAAGUCCGCUAUGCGGCAUGUGAUUCUAUGUCGAUUGUGCCACUCGCUCAAGCUAAACGAUUAUCCACAAUUGCAUUAUUCAAAAGAAAGAUGAAGAUUUACAGACGAUUUGCCGUUUUGGUGGCGCUUUCUAUGUUGGGAUUGGUCAGGGCAGCGUUCAACCCCGAAAUUUGCACACCAUACACCCCCAGCAUCAAACAACCGCCAAAUUUCCCGCCCGUUUUCUACUGGCGUAUGGAAGUAAACGAGAAUGAACGUUUGACAGUAGACGUGGAGCAGUGGGUGGACCACUAUAAGCAGUCUAUGAGUGUCAUUUACAAUGGCGCUGAAAUCAAGACCAUUUCGGACUACUAUCUAAUGGAACAAUAUAUUUUGACGUAUAAGCCAUACUAUUUCGACAGAGGUAUACCAGAAUGCGAUGUACUUGAUAUAGACCUUACCCCUUCUGUCCAAGAAGCAUAUUCAUCAAAUUCUGGUCCACUAUCAGCCCUUCUUGGCUCUCGAAUCAUAACUAACAGAUUCCGAGAUGAUUACCCUUCGGUAUACAUUGGCGAAUCAGAUGUUCGCGGAAUACCAUGUGAUCACUACAGGACGUGUGCGUACUACGAACUUUAUGACGCGACGUUUGUCAUGGAUUAUUACAUAUCAAAAUCUGGAUACCAAACGGCUUCCGGAAUUGAUCAAGUUCCUGUACGUGCGGUAGUUGUUGGAGAAGCUGUUUUGAAGUCUGGCGUUGGCUAUCCAAUUAACUUCGUGUAUGAAUUACUUUUCUUCCGAAAUGACCCCAUUCCGGCUACAGUGUUUCAGACGCCUCCUGGAGUUAGUUGCCCAAAUCGUACGAAUACGACACCAAUUAUACCAACACCGCCAGACCAGUUUCAGUUGCGAGUGGAGGAAAUAGUAGAUUUCUACAACAUUGUCGUCUAUGCUGAUGAAUGGUAUGAUUAUUCUGCCAAUUUGAUAAGAUAUGACUAUGCUCCGGUCGCACCCUUACCAGGUUAUACGUACGGAUUAGACCCGAUGAGCGAGAUCCAUGACUACAAUACAGGUAUCGCCUAUCUCAUCGACAAAUAUACGAACAACUGUACUGCAAUGCCGAUCUACAACUCAACAAGCGACUCGGUGCCAACUGACGACCCCCAUUAUAUUCGAAUGAAAACAGGCUACGAGAUGUUCGGCUAUGACCAGGUCAACUACAAGUACGAGGGCCAGAGAACUGUACGAGGCAUUCUUUGUCAUGUUUGGGUCGGAAGCCGAACCAACUGGCCACCUAACUUCAAUAAAGAAACUACAUGGGAAUUUUACUGGACUGCCGAAGAUUGGGUGGAUGAUACCGGAGUGACCAGAUUAACCAACGAACCAAUACAGCAGCGAAUAUAUUUUAUAGAAGAUGUCCGCUAUGCAAGUCGAGUCUGGGUAGCUUUCACUCUACUUGAUACGCCUGACAUACAGGGUGAUGUAGCGAAUCCAGUGAAUGAACCAGGUCUUUCAGAAGCCUUCACAAAUAUUGAAACCGCGAUAAAUAUUGGUUAUUUGAAAUUCACUAUGACGUCUGAAGAGGGUGGUAUUGAUAUUUUUGCGCUGCCAAAGACACUGUCAGAAGAAAUCAUUGACCCAAACAUUCCAAUGACCGAUUUAACAUAUUCACCCGGAGUGAUGGCUGGAGCUGCUUGUGGAUCAGCAUUAAUUGGUUUUACCUUGAGCUUUUCAAUUAAAAUAUAUAUUGAUGCUAGAUCAAAAAAUGGCAGCUGAAGCUGAAUUGCAUAUAUAUAAUAUAAAUAUACAUA